GACAAGGACAACACAACGUAAAACGGAAAUUGGAGAGAUUUUUCACAAAUUUUGUCUUCUUGAGUGGUGUUUUUGAAAUAGAUACUGUGCUGAUUUAUCUGUAAAAAUAGUGAAUAAUUCAUAAAUUAUUAUUUAUCUGAUAAUUAUUGAAUAUAGACAUCGGAAGAAACUAUGGACCAGUCACACUACGAAACAAAAAUCAAAUGUUUCGAAGCGUACGCGCAACAGCUUGCACAGGACGAGGAAUUCAUAAGCCGGAAUCCUUUAUACCGUUUGGCGUCCUUGUUCGCUCCCAUGGAUUCAUUCAAAUACAUGAUGAAAGUCCUGACAUCCAAUCCUCACCUACUGGCCGCGGAUGCGAACAUUCGAACCUACCGAACGUUUGUGGAAACUAAUGGCCAUUGCUUCAGCGAUCAGAAAUAUCACGACGAGCCGAAAUGUUCAAAACGGGCGGCAGAAGUACGACGCUUGGGCAACCAAAUGUAUUCGAAAAAGCAGUUCGGGAUUGCCUUGAACAAGUAUAACGAAAGCAUCUGUGCAGCUCCCACUGACUCGGAGGACUUGGCCAUCGGGUAUGCUAACCGUUCGGCAAUUUACUUCGAAAAAGGAUUGCACGAUGUAGCAUUGGUAAAUAUUGCUUUGGCCAAAAAGCAUAACUAUCCGGAAAGAUUGAUGCCAAAGUUGCUGAUUCGAGAAACGAACUGUCGUUCCAUGCUGGAUGAUCAAAGUGUACCUCUUGUGGGAGGCAAUUUGGAGCCGAAUCCGAGGAUUCCUUGCCUUGCUAAAGGCAUCUACGCUCGACAACAUCCGAAACAGGGGCCCAUCAUGGUGGCCAAGCGGCAAUUCAAAGCCGGCGACGUGAUUCUGCGCGAGAAACCGAUGAUAGCGUGCGUAAAUUGGGAUAAUGUGUUUGCUCGGUGCAAUUACUGCAUUUCCACAAAUUUAUCCCAUUUCAUCCCUUGUCCAAACUGUUCAACGGCGAUGUUUUGUGACGAAGAAUGUAUGCGGAAGGGUCAAAAACUGCAUCGUUUCGAAUGCGGAAUUUGUGCAGUAACCAGCAAGUUGAACGAUUUUUGGCUGGGCCCAAGGCUAUUUUUCCACGGAUUGUCGCUCUUCAACGAUGAUGUUUCGAAGAUGAUGAAAUUUUGUAAGAAGGUUCGAGGCAGCGAUAGCUUUUUCAAUCUGGACUAUUCGAACUAUAAUCCAGUGGAAGAGUUAAGAACCUUUUUGACGACGAAGUCCCGACGUACUGAAGCACCUCUUUACGACAAUAUACUCCAGUUCAAUGCGGGAAUAUUUUACGAGAUGUACAUGAAGAACCCGCUGGUUCAAUCGCUAAUCACUACUGAAGAGCAGAAAGAUUUUAUGCAGCAGUGUUUCGUUGAUUAUCAAGUCCAAAAAAGGAACUUGGCAUUUCGCCAAACCAGCAACGGCCAUCUGUAUCCGAUUGCUUCAUGCUUUGGCCAUUCUUGCGAUCCCAACACCGUAUUGCUGGAGGAGUACGGCGACGAGUUAAGGAUGGUCGUCCUGCGGCCUAUUCGCAAAGGUGAACAGAUUACUUUCUCGUAUGGUCCCUUGUUCGAUCAAGAACCGGCCGCUCAUAGGUACGAUUUAAAUUCGCUUGGAUUUGAUUGCGUGUGUGAUUUUUGCGAUGAACAAAAGCGCUACGAAUGGCUAGCACGGGCCAAACAGACCAGUUGCAUCGACGCAACACACUGGGCUGUCGUCCAGAAGAUCCUCACCGACGAGGACAUGAGUGAUGCCGAUAAAAUGAAUGCCCUGCAGCAGUUUGUUCAACGGUACGGACACAGUCACCCUCAGGAGGAUUUUGCGCGUGCGCUGCUCAUAUAUCGGGAGGCGUUAAGCGAUGUCCAUUCGGCGCAGAUCGAAUUGAUGCAGCGGCGGAAAAUUUGCGGCUGAAGUACUGUUCUUAUUUUUUUGUUUCUUCUUUACAUGGCAAUUUAAUUUGAAGUUGUUUUUUAUACGUUUGGACAAUCAAAUAUGUUUUAUGCUUAUAAUAUGGCCGAUCUGCAACUACUGAAAUGUCUCAGCAAACAACAAUAAAUAAACAAAAAUUAAUAUGGAUAAACAUA